AUGGCAGCAACAGCGGUCAUAGAAAACCUCUUCCGCAAAAACGACCUGGACCUUGCUCUGAUACAAGAGCCAUGGCUCAACAAAGCCACGCCUUUAGGCCUCAAUGCCUCAGGUAAUAUUCUUUUUAAUACCACUGGCACUAAACCUAGAGCAUGCAUUCUUUUUAAUAAGAAACUAGAUUUUCUGACUGUUCCAGAACUAUGUACAGAUGACCUAGUGACAGCCUUCGUCAAUUUCCCUGGAUGCACAGGGUCAAAAGUACUGGUCUGCUCUGCAUACCUACCUGGACAUGAUGAAAACAACAAAAUCAUCAAAGACCCGACAACCGGCCUACAGCCUGUGGUGGAAUACGCCCGUAAGCACAAGGCCGAACUCCUCGUGGGCUGCGAUGCAAACGCCCAUCACACAAACUGGGGAAGCUCUGACAUCAAUACCAGAGGUAAGUCACUUGAUGAUUUUAUACUAACCAACUGUCUUCAAAUCCUAAAUACAGGGUGCACACCGACGUUCGUCACUGCCACAAGACAAGAGGUACUAGAUAUAACACUCGCGACCGACAAACUGGCCGAAUAUAUCACUCAUUGGCAUGUCAGCAAUGAGAACUCCAUGUCUGAUCACAAGCACAUCAGAUUCACAAUUGAGGCUGCAACAGACUCAAACCCCAUACUCUACAGAAACCCAAAGGCUACAGAUUGGCCUAAAUACAGAGACAGUCUUACAAGCCUAAUUGCGGACCUUCCGAAGAGUAUCAAAUCUCCUCUAGAACUAGAACUCGCUGUGGACAUACUUCUAAGUGGCAUAAUAAGUGCCUACCAGAACAACUGUCCCAUCAAAACCAAAACCGCCAAAUGUAAAACACCCUGGUGGAAUAAGAGUCUAGAAAAGCUGAGGAAGAAAACUCGCAAAUUAUCCAACAGGGCUAAAAAGGGACCUUUCGAAUGGGCCCAAUAUAGUAAAGCCCAAACGGAAUACUACUGCGAAAUUAGGAAAGCCAAAAGAGCAUCAUGGCGUGUUUCUGCGAGGAGAUAA